CCGGGCCGGAAGUGGGCGGGGGGCGCGGUGUGACGUAUUUCCGGCGGGGAGCUGGCGGCUGCCGAGGAGGGGAGUCGUUGGCGCGGCGGCGCGGGAGCAGCCGGGGGAGAUUAAUCUUCAGCGAUGUCUUUCAUUUUCGAAUGGAUCUACAACGGCUUCAGCAGCGUGCUGCAGUUUCUAGGUUUGUACAAGAAGUCUGGAAAACUGGUGUUCCUAGGCUUGGAUAAUGCAGGCAAAACCACUCUGCUGCACAUGCUCAAAGACGACAGGCUGGGUCAGCAUGUCCCAACACUACAUCCCACAUCAGAGGAGCUGACGAUUGCUGGAAUGACUUUUACAACUUUUGAUCUGGGUGGACAUGAACAAGCUCGCCGGGUCUGGAAGAACUACCUGCCAGCCAUCAAUGGGAUUGUCUUCCUGGUGGACUGUGCAGAUCACUCACGUCUUAUGGAAUCCAAAGUUGAACUUAAUGCGCUAAUGACAGAUGAAACAAUAUCCAACGUGCCAAUCCUUAUCUUGGGUAACAAAAUCGACAGACCGGAGGCCAUCAGUGAGGAGAAGCUGCGGGAGAUCUUCGGGCUCUACGGACAGACCACGGGAAAGGGAAACGUGCCACUGAAAGACCUGAACGCACGCCCCAUGGAGGUGUUCAUGUGCAGCGUGCUGAAGAGGCAAGGCUACGGCGAGGGCUUCCGCUGGCUAUCGCAGUACAUUGACUGAUACUUGGACGGACACAAGAGUUUUAUUCCUCUGGACUGAUCCUGUUCACAGCUUCCUAUGGACUUUUCUAUUUAGAACACGGAAGGCUUUCCAACCGCAUACUGGCAUUGACCAAGAGACUCCUGGUUUUUGGCUGCCCUAUCGCACAGUGGUGACACAACUCUUUUCCACGUGACGGGGAGGCAGCACCGUUCUGCACGCGGGUGCGAGUCGUCCCCUUCAGUUCGGUUACAGCGGGGCUGGUGUGAUGUGGGAAGUCAAACUCUGCACGCUGCACUGUAACAGCUGAGAAAGAGAGCACGUCUCACCACUGUGGUUAAUUGACUUAAAGGAAGAAAAAGCAAUUAUAUUUUUUAAAGAAAGUGUUAAUGUAAACAGCGUCCCUUCUAACUUUUUAGUUUAACAUUCAUCUUGUUUAGUCCAGAGUCUGGUUAGGGUUUUUUAAAAAUAUAUUUAACGAUAUUUAGAUAUUUCACAAAUUACUGAACCAAGGUAUCACGAUAUUAGAAGUCCUCAAUAAACAUAGCAUUUGGGUUUAACCGAGCUGUAGGGUGGCUGUGCUGUGUCACGCCGACUGACGACAGCGAGGCUGCCGUUGGGGCUGACGUGUGCAAUCCGAGCUUCUUUAGUUUACAGGGAUAUGUUUUAGGUGGAGUGGAGCCCCUGCGAGCACACCUGGUUUAGUGUGUGCAGGCGGCCGCCGGCGCUCGCUGCUAGUGGGACACUGGGCUCGACCCCAGCGCGCUGCUGGCUCCCGCUGUGGCCGGGCCAGGCUCCAGGCUCAGCCCUCCCUGCCCAGGGCAUCGAACCCUCUCGCUGCGGCGUCACAGGAAGAACCUUGAAGCUGUUUUGGUGGUUGUAGCAUGGAAGUGUUUGACAUUUGCAUAUCAUGAGGUUAUUAAUGUAGACUAAAGCAGUUUCUUUUAUACUCAACAGAUUUUUUUGUCUGAAGUUUCAUUACUGUCUAGCACUCAUUUUCAGUUAAAUAAAGACGUCUUUCUCCUCCAAA